GAUGUGAUUGUGCUGUGCCGGGCUAAACACGGUUUCGAAUUCUGUCAGAAACUCAGCAUUGCAUGUGCACAAUUCACAAAGGUCACCAUCCCAACACUCGUCAUGGAUCGUUUCUAUAAACUACCCGAAGUUGUCACUAAAUGCGUCUCUGAAGGUAACCACCUACCUACCUACCUACCUACCUACCUGCUUGAUAUAGUGCGGAAUAAUCGAGAAAAUGUAUUCUAA